UUGUGUAUCGUUCGAAGCAAAUUCUCUUUGACAUUCUUGUUGAACGUGUUAACUGGUAUGGCAGUCUGCGGAGAAUAUAUUCGCAGUCAAUUUCCUACGAUAGAUGAUGAUUUGUAUCAAUAUGUGGAAGGAAUCUUAGAUAGUUCGAAAGAUGACUUCGAGGACGGUGACGAAGUGUAUGAAGCGAUAGGGGAAGUAUUGCACGAGGUUGCAGAGAAACCAGAGAAUGAGGUUAGGCAAAUAUGCGUGAAGUUACUGGAAAUGCUGAAAGGCGGUUCGAACGACGAAAAUGUCGAAAGGAGAAAAAAUGGGGUGAAUAAAGUAUUAAACGCUCCUGUUCAUUUAGGUACUAUGGCUGCUACUUUGGAGGCUCAAGUAGAACAAAUAAAAAGUAUAUGGGUCACUACAAGGGAUGAUGGCAUGAAAGUAGAUGCUAAGAAGUUGGAAAAAGCAGAGGCAAAGUUGCAACAGAAACAGGAGAAACGAGUUAAUGAGUCAAGUGGACGUGUUAAUAUUACAAAUCCUGGUGUAGAAGCAGCAAGCGCAAGUCAAAUGACAAGCAAAAAGGACAGUAGAAUGGAAACUAAAGGCAGUGUAAAUAAAACUCAAGACAUUAGGAUAGAGAAUUUUGAUGUAGCAUAUGGAGAUAGAAUUUUAUUGCAAGGAGCUGAUCUGACUCUUGCAUUUGGUAGACGCUAUGGCCUUAUUGGUAGAAAUGGACUUGGUAAAACCACUUUGUUGAGAAUGAUAUCUAGCAAACAGUUAAGAAUACCUUCUCACGUAAGAGUGCUACACGUAGAACAGGAAGUUGCCGGUAAUGAUACUUCCGCCCUUGAGUCCGUAUUAGAGUGCGAUCAAGAGCGAAGUAUGUUACUUAGCAAGGAAGCAGAAUUACAAACAGCAAUAGAAAAAGAUGGUGGCAAAGCAGGAGACGUGUUAGGCGAAGAAUUGCACAGAGUGUACGAAGCGAUGCAAUUAGCUGAAGUAGAUAAAGCACCUGCUAGAGCAAGUGCCAUAUUAUCGGGACUCGGGUUCUCUGUUGAAAGACAAUCGUGGCCAACCAGAUCCUUUUCCGGUGGUUGGAGGAUGAGACUUGCACUAGCGCGGGCGCUAUUCUCUAGGCCGGAUCUUCUAUUACUCGAUGAACCUACAAACAUGCUUGAUAUAAAAGCGAUUCUUUGGUUGGAAAGAUAUUUACAGUCGUGGCCAACCACGUUACUCGUAGUUUCGCACGAUCGAAACUUUUUGGAUACGGUUCCCACAGAUAUAUUAUAUUUACGCGGGCAGAAAAUAGAGGCAUAUCGUGGCAAUUACGAACAGUUUGCGAAGACCAAAGGGGAACGCGAGAGGAACCAACAAAGAGAGUACGAAGCUCAACAAGCUAAAAGAGCUCACGUACAGGAGUUCAUCGAUCGGUUCCGAUACAAUGCCAAUCGUGCUUCGAGUGUACAGAGUAAAAUAAAGAUGUUGGAGAAGCUGCCAGAAUUGAAACCGAUGGAAAAGGAGGGAGAAGUAACGCUUCGCUUUCCGGACGUCGAACAACUAAGUCCUCCAAUAUUACAACUUAAUGAAGUGUCCUUCAGUUACACUGGAGGAAGCGACAACGCCAUAUUCACCAGUGUAAAUCUUACCGCUAGUUUGCAAUCUCGCAUUUGUAUCGUGGGAGAGAAUGGUGCCGGAAAAACUACGCUUCUGAAAAUAAUAACAGGCACUUUGAGUCCAACGAGGGGUACGGUACAUGUACAUCGAAAUUUGAAGUUUGGAUACUUUAGUCAACAUCAUGUCGAUCAACUGGAUAUGCGUGUGUGCCCGGUCGAGUUAUUGCAAAACCAUUUUCCAGGUAAACCUGUUGAAGAAUACAGAAGAAUGCUUGGAAGCUUUGGAAUAAGCGGUAAUUUAGCCUUACAGAAUAUAAAUUCUCUAUCUGGUGGACAAAAGUCGAGGGUUGCCUUCGCACUAAUGUGCGCUGCUAUGCCAAACUUUUUAGUGCUCGAUGAACCCACAAAUCAUCUUGAUAUCGAGUCAAUCGAAGCUUUAGGGAAAGCACUAAAUACUUGUCAGGCUGGUGUAAUAUUAGUUUCGCACGAUGAAAGGUUGAUUCGCAUGGUGUGCACUGAACUCUGGGUGUGCGGAGAAGGUUCCGUUCGAUGUAUCGAGGGAGGUUUCGAUGAAUAUCGUAAGAUCGUUGAAAGGGAACUUGAACUAUAAAGAUCGAUUUAAUUCAAUCGCACUAUCACUUCGCAUUGUCCUGUGUUAAGUUACCGAUAUGAAUAUUUCCAUUGAUAUAAAUAAAUGCAAAAAAUACAAACGUUCGCUGAGACACGUUUGCUCCGUCAUUUUGGGACAAUGUAUCUUCUGAUUUGUUCGUCGAUGUAGAUAUUUAUCGACCACCGCGAAAACAUUAUACUGCCUAUUUUAAAUAAAACUGAGUGCAUUAAAAAUUAUUGUUUAUAAUAUAUAUUUCAUUGUCAACACAAAAUCUGCGAGAUAGACUGAGUCUUAACGAAUUCACGACAAAUAGGAUUAGGAAAGUAUCACAUCGUUUGACUGCCAGAUACAAUAACUAUAUCUAAAGAAUUCUGAUAUUUAAUAUUGUACAUUAGUAAAUAAUAAAAAGUCGUUGUUAUAAAUAAAAGUAUACAACAUUCUAUAUCUUUUUAUAAAACCGUGAAACAUGUAGAAGAUUACAGUGAUAAAUAUCAUGAUUAAUUAGUCGCGUAGUUAUUAUUGUAGUUCUUCAUUGUUAUCAGAAAAACCACAGUUUCGUUGUGGUUUUUAAUUUACACGCAUAUGAUUUUAGAAAUCACCAUAUCAUAAUUUAAUGCAGUCUUGUACUACAUCAAUAAUUCAUGAAAGAAUACGUAAAUUAAAAUCAACAUUUUAUUUUUAUUUUUAAUAAAAUAAAAUGUUCAUAAUUUAAAGUAAUUAAUAAUUUUAAUAUUCUUAUUUCAACAGUUUCUUAUUUGACCUUCCAUUUGGUUGUAAUAACGCUCCGAAAGGUAUUAAAAC